GUGUGUGUGUGUGUGUGUGGGGCGGCGGGGCGGCACACAGCCGGGCAUGGCAUUGUUUAGCGUGUUGUUGUUAUGGCAACAGUGCGCAGAGCAGGGGGGAGCAGGGCGGAGCGAUCCCCCUGCCGUGCCUGCCUGUCUCCCUCCCCUGUAGCAGCAGCAGCAGCUCGCUCCUCCUCCGCCAGCACACGGAGCCGCGGCCCAGCCCCACCAUGAGCCCCGUGUGAGCGGCGCCGCCAGCCAGGAGCUGCCUCGCCCUCCCAGGCUGCAGGAAGCAGCCCUCACUGGAAUUACUAUCACUUGUACGGCCUCCGACAACCUCUCCGUCGGCGGUUCGAUCGCAUGGGAGAGCUCGCGCCGCCCCCGAGCCUGACAUAGUGGCCGCGGCAGUGGUGGUGAUCGCGCGCAGCCCGCCAGUGACCGCCAGGACAGUGACCGCGGGGGAUGGCCGCACCCGACUUACCUCACAGGGGGCGGUAGUAGGAGUGUGGGCGCGGUGAGAGCGUCCAACCAGUGACGCCCGCACCCGCCGCGCCCCCCAGCCAUGCCGGGGGGCAGGAGGGGGCUCGUUGCCCCCCAGAACACCUUCCUGGAAAACAUCAUUCGCAGAUCGUCUUCUCAACCGGAUUCCAGUUUCCUCUUGGCCAACGCUCAGAUCGUAGACUAUCCCAUUGUUUACUGCAAUGAGUCCUUCUGCAAAAUUGCCGGUUACAACAGAGCGGAGGUGAUGCAGAAGUCAUGCCGCUGCAGCUUCAUGUACGGGGAGCUGACGGACAAGGAGACCAUAUCCCGGAUAGAGCAGUGUCUCGAGAACCAGCAACAAGACCAGUUCGAGAUCCUCCUCUACAAGAAGAACCACAGCGGACUUCCAGGGACUCCAUUAUGGCUCCUCCUGCACAUCGCGCCCAUCAAGAACGAGAAGGACAUUGUGGUGCUGUUCCUGUGCACUUUCAGGGACAUCACGCCACUCAAACAACCCAUCGAGGCCGAAGACUCCAGAGCAUCGGACAGCACCGAGAGCUCUGGGGGAAGGCUGCCCACCAAAACGGGCCUCAGCAAGUUCGCCAAACUAGCCCGCUCGGUCACCAGAAGCAGGUCGGUGCUGGUGACUCAGUUCUCCUCACACCUGCCGGUCAUGAAGGAUGUGGCCAAGCAAUCCAACAUCACACACAUGAUGAGCCUAAACAGCGAUGUUAUGCCUCAGUAUCGUCAGGAAGCACCGAAGACUCCGCCACACAUUCUGCUUCACUACUGUGCCUUCAAGGCUAUCUGGGACUGGGUCAUCCUCUUCCUCACCUUCUACACGGCCAUCAUGGUGCCCUACAACGUGGCCUUCAAGUACAAGACCUCAGAGGACGUGUCUCUCUUGGUGGUGGACUCAAUCGUUGACGUGAUAUUCUUCAUAGACAUCGUGCUCAACUUCCACACCACCUUUGUAGGGCCAGGGGGCGAGGUGGUGUCUGAUCCUAAGAUAAUACGAAUGAACUAUCUCAAAUCGUGGUUUCUGAUAGACCUCUUGUCGUGCCUACCUUAUGAUGUAUUCAACGCUUUUGACCACGAUGAAGAUGGCAUUGGUUCACUAUUCUCUGCUCUGAAAGUAGUGAGGCUGCUAAGAUUGGGACGCGUGGUACGAAAGCUUGACAGGUACCUGGAAUACGGCGCUGCAAUGCUGGUGUUGCUACUGUGUUUCUACAUGCUGGUGGCUCACUGGUUGGCGUGCAUCUGGUACAGCAUAGGCAAAAGCGACGCGGACAACGGCAUCCAGUACUCCUGGCUGUGGAAACUAGCUAACGUCACGCAAACCCCUUACAAGUACAUCAUCUCUAACGGGUCGAACAUGCUGGAGUUGACGGAUGGCCCUAGCAAGAAGACCAUGUACGUGACCUCCCUCUACUUCACUAUGACCUGUAUGACAUCAGUGGGUUUCGGCAACGUGGCAGCAGAGACGGACAAUGAGAAGAUAUUUACUAUUUGCAUGAUGAUUAUUGCAGCUCUUCUGUACGCCACAAUCUUCGGCCACGUCACCACCAUAAUCCAGCAAAUGACGUCCGCCACAGCCAAGUACCACGAGAUGCUGAACAACGUGCGGGAAUUUAUGAAGCUACACGAGGUACCCAAGGCGUUAUCGGAGCGGGUGAUGGACUACGUGGUGUCGACGUGGGCUAUGACCAAAGGCAUCGACACCAACAAGGUAGAAAAUGAGGUGCUGAACUACUGCCCCAAAGACAUGAAGGCCGACAUCUGCGUCCACCUCAACCGUAAAGUCUUCAACGAGCACCCCGCCUUCCGCCUCGCCUCGGACGGCUGCCUGCGCGCCCUCGCCAUGCACUUCACCAUGAGUCACUCGGCGCCAGGGGACCUGCUGUUCCACACGGGGGAGUCUCUGGACACGUUGUGCUUCAUCGUGACGGGCUCACUGGAGGUUAUUCAGGAUGACGAGGUAGUGGCGAUCCUCGGCAAGUGUGACGUGUUCGGCGACACCUUCUGGAAGGACCCCACGGUGGGCCAGAGCGCCGCCAACGUGCGCGCUCUCACCUACUGUGACCUGCACGCCAUCAAGCGGGAGAAGCUGCUGGAGGUGCUCGACUUCUACCACGCCUUCGCCAAUUCCUUCGCCAGGAACCUCGUGCUCACCUACAACCUCAGGCACAGACUGAUCUUCCGUAAGGUGAGCGACGUGCGGCGGGAGAAGGAGCUGGCGGAGCGACGCAAGCACGAGCCGCAGCAGGAACUGAGCCACGACCACCUCGUCAGGAAAAUCUUCUCCAGAUUUCGUCGUGACAAGGGCGGUGGUUCAGGCACCCCAAACAGCGCCUCGAGUGACGUGGUGGGCGGGAACGGUCGUGACGUGGAGAGAGGGUCCGGGGAGAGGUCUGAUACUGAUGUGGUGGGGACAACUGAUGCACUGAAGGUGGUGAAGAUGCCCCCAGCUCGAAUGAACAACAUCUGUGAGACUAACGGGCAGAAAUGGAAGAAUAUAUUUGGUCGCAACGAAGGCGGCGGCGGAGGAGAGGACGAAGGCUCUACCACGGAUGAUUGCAAUAAGAAGAAUCUCAUGCAAGACGGUGUUCUGAGAGGACUCAACACCAAACACAACACUAAUCUAUCCAAGACCCUGGGCGUCACCCCCAAGAGGGCCAACACCUCCUCCUCCUCCACCACCACCCCCAGCACAGGCACCGCUAACAACAACAACCACAACAACAACAACAACAACAACAGUUCCAAGACCGUAGUUAAGAAGGACACGCUUGGCCUGGAGGGCAGCACCAAAUUCAAGCUGAACAAGCUGGACUCGCUGGACUCAGGCGUGGGCCGUGACCACAAAAACAAGCUGCAGGACAACGACUCAGGCAACGUCACGGACUACCUGGCGCCCGUCACGCCCGGAGUCACGCCCGCUGACUGCCAGCAGAUCAUCGCCAGCCUCAUGGACUUCAAGGUGGACCUCAAGCUGGAGAUGCAGCGCAUGAACCAGAAGCUGACCAAGCUGGAGGACAACAUGAACGACGUGAUGGCGCGCAUGAACACCGUGCAGCGCUCAGCCUCGCAGCCCGUCAGCGUGCGGCCCCCUGGUGACGACCACGCUGGGCGGGUGGCGGCACGGAGGGAGCGGGAGCGGGAGCGAGAGCGAGAGCGAGAGCGUGAGCGUGAGCGGACCACCACCGUCACCGCCGCUGAUGGAUCAGGGGACGCGGGCGAGGACGCCAAGCAAAGCAUGCCGAAGGUGACGGCCAGCGAGGAGCCCCGCAAACCCAAACGGCGCGACAAGAGCCGCACGAAGAGCGCCGCCGCCACACCGCGCAGCUCCCCCACGGACUCCAACUCCCCCACGGACUCCAUGGUGCGCGGCAUGCUGGAGGACGAGAUCCUGGAGCAGGCGUCCUCGCCGCGCGGCGAGCAGCCCCCGCCCCCCACCAAGUCCCGCUCGAGGGAGUACCUCUGAGACGCCAGUACAAGCCCGCACGGGCCCCGGGCCUGCACGGGUACGGCAGCACAAGUGACCCGCCACGGCCGGCCUCGCCCGCCGCGCCACCGCGCACGAUGACGCAACACCUUUUUGCUACCAGAUAAUACUCCUGACUGAUUUGCUGUUGCUAAGUAUUUUACAGAUGAAGAGAGUUAGGCGGGGACCAAGGUGGGAGCUGCAGCACGGCGGCCGCCCCUGGGCCCCGCCUGCCGCUGCCUCCCGCCCCCCAGCCCACCCGCUCACCCCGGGGCUGCCUGGGGCUCCCUGGGGCUGCCUCGCCGAGCCGCUGGCCUCGCUCAGAAGCGGCGACGCGCGCCUUCGUGUCCAGGACGAGACUCUGCCCCGUAGCGGCCACGCAGGACACGCCCCUCGCCCCGUGCCUCGAGAACACAAGGGCCCGCCGAGCAGGACGGGCGGCGGCGUGGAGCACGGCAGCUGGUGGCGGGGCCCGGCCGGCGCCCCGGCAAUACUCCCCACGCCCCUCCCCCGGCCCGGCCAGGCGGAAGGGAGCGGAAACAGUCUCAGCAUUUACACAUAAGUACCGUCCCGUUUGUUUUGUACAUAACAAAACAGUGUUUCGUCAAGGAACUCAAGAGCGGCGUCGCUCGGCCGAGGUGUGUUGAGUUUCGUCGCAAACUAAUGUAUAUUAUUUGACUUUUGUGCUACAGUGGAAGUUUUCAAUAUUUAUAUUUCUUGUGCUGAUUGUUACUGUUCCAACUGAUCUGUGAUAACACGUCUGUGUAGAUACAAGAGCGUGACGCGGUGUGGCGCCAACCCCCCUCCCCUCACCCCCUCACUCCCAACGUUACGCCCCCUCCUCCUCCACCCCUCCCCUGCUCCCCCCCUCCUCUCUCACCUCUUCUCGGCUUCACUAUAAUCAACUAUAGCAGCCGCCUCAGCAGUGACCCCGUGACCUCCAGCGACCUGCGCCUCCUGGCCUGACCUCACCUCACCCCUCGCCGUGUGACCUUGUGUGGACGGAGGCGAGCUGGACCCUUCACCCUUCACCCCUCACCCCUCAAUCCUUCCUUCACUUUCCUUCCCUAAUCUAUCGUCACAACACACUGCAUCCUCCUCCUCCUCCUCCUCCUCCUCCUCCUCCUCCUCCUCCUCCUCCUCCUCCUCCUCCUCCUCCUCCUCCUCCUCCUCCUCCUCCUUGGGCCACAGCAGGAUAAUACUCGUAACCCCUCGAAGCUUCCGUGAGCCUUCCUUCGUACCCUCGUCCUGACCCUCGUCCUCACAACUGCUGCUUCUUUCGGCACGCUAACGUUACGGUGUUCUCGCGGCGUGUCGUGUCUCAAUACUAGACUUCCUGCGUAUAUAAGAGCUUGUUCCGCAUCUCCGUGACGUGUGUGCGUGAGUGAGUGAGUGAUUGCGUGAGUGGGUGAGUAAGUGUCGGUUUUUUUAGUAUACGGUGAAAUGUAGUGAGUGAAGAGUUGAAAUGGUGGGUAAAAGCGGUUUUAUUCAGUAUACGGUGAUGAUAUAUAGUGAGUUAGUGAGUUACGAGUGAGUGAGUGAGUGAGUAAGGAGGUUUAUGAGUGACUGGGUUAUCAAAAGCGUAAUUUUAAUGGUGACGAAGUGAAAGACGAGGAAACCUAUGAUAAACUUAGCACCCAAAAUGGCCACAUGUUCCCCGAUCCCCCCCUCACCCCGAACACACACCUGUACACACCUUCACCUGUCCACCUUCCUCUCCUCACCUAAUCUGUCCUGUCGUAGCCAUCCGCUUUGCUCCACACACUCCACAACAGAAGCAUUCCUCUUGUGUACGGAACAUUCCAAGCUGAGAGUGUUUAGCGUGUCACUCCACCUCUCCACUCCACCUUCCCGCUCACACUCCACACACAGACACAUACACACAUACACACACACACUCCUUGGCUGUUUCACCGUCCAGCACUGUUCUCUUCACCAAAUGGCUGUUCUCCCCCUUCAAGAACACUUAACUAAAGGCUCCGCGGGUGUUCUUCUUCACGUUCUCUCAGCUUAUUGCCGACAGCUGGAAUACGAGUGUUGCUAUUGAUGGUGUUUUUAAUCGAGUUUACUUUCCCCCCUGUGUGUUCCGUCACAGCAUAUCGUCCCUUCGUGGGCUGCUUCUGCGCCGCCUCCUGUCUCCUUCAGAUCACCCAGCUCCUCCUUCGUGUCCUUCCUUCAUGUCUUUCUUCCGUGUCCUUCCCUCAUCAUGUCCGCAUUCUCAAACGUUUCGGUGUCUUAACCUCGACUGCUUUCAAUGCCUUCUAGUGAGUUCCGAUGUUUCCAAGGGUGUUGUUUAUGUCUCCAGGGAGCCGAACAAAGGUUUGGCACCAGUGGGGAACACAACACCUAUGAGAGACGGUACAGUCACCUCUGUGGGCUUUGAAAACAGUAUGAGUGAGUCGGAAGAGUUUUAGAAUGAAGGGCUUCGUCUCCACGUCCUUCCACACUCCCAGAAUUCCAGCGCGGGACGCCGAAUUCUGUAGCUUUGUCUCUUGUGUCUCCCUCUUCGCCUUCUUCAGUAGACAGGACCCGGAAGCUUAGCGACGCCCCUGCAGAAGACCACGCGCCCAUGUGGUUCCCCUCCCUCGCUCCCUGGCACCCGGUUCUCCACUGCCACGCUAAACACAGACCUUGGGGAAACGGACGAUCAAAAUUUCUGUUCUCAAUGCUUCUCUCUGACCCCGUAGCCUCCUUGGUAGCGGCCGCUUUGUGUUCUCCGACAGCGUAGUGUAGUAGUAGUUGCUAGGAUGAUUCUGUCCCUUCCUCACGCCAUGCUACCUGUCUCUCUGUCUCUUUGUCUCUCUCGGUUUCGGUCUCGCAUAUACCAGGGUCUUCAGUCUUGUCUUUUCUUCGUCUCUAGUCUUAAUUUUCCUUCGUCUUCUGUUUUCUUGAUGUCUUCUUCUACUUCCCUCUUUCUCUCCUCGUGUUUUCAUUGGUAAUCUUUUUUAAAUAGCCAUCGAGUCAGUCACGUGUGCAAUAAACCAACUAAGAGAAACCAAACACGAAGAAAACGAGAGAAACAACUUGAAAUUCCAACGAGAAACAAAACUCGGCGACUCACACUAAAGAAAACGAGGGUCGUGUUGCGGGUAAGACUCAAACAUUUUUUCUAUUUACCACGAGACGAUUCCCCUUCAGCCUGCAAGCACGCGGGGGCCGUUCCAACUCGCCAUUCAUUGUGUCGUUGGUGCAUUGUCAUUGUAUAAACCAUUAUUCAUGUGAUGCAUUGUAGCUUUGUGCUGUGUGACCUUCGUCGGGGCCUGCUGGAGGAGGAACUACCCCGCCUGGUGGUUCCUCAUGAUGGUUUCCUGCUGGUUUGCUUCCUUGGUGAUUCCUCUUACCCUGGACUCAUUCUUCGCUAUUUCUCUUAUUCUAGUUACGUUUUCUUGCUUCCUUUCUGCUUCUUUCUCCCUAUUUCUGUAGUUUUCCUUCUUUCCUUCUUUCUAUAUCUUGUUUUGGUGACUUCUUUCUUCUUCUCCUUUCGUUCUUCCAUACACACUCAUAUCUUUCUUAAUUGUUCCCAUUUCUCUUAUUCCAGUUACGUUUUCUUGCUUCCUUUCUGCUUCUUUUUCCCUAUUUCUUAAUUUUCCUUCUCUCCUUCCUUGUUUUCUUCUCGUGACUUUUACGAGCAUAUCUUCCUUCCCUCCUUCCUUCCUUUCUUCCUUCCAUACACACUCGAAUCUUCCUUCAUUUUUCUCCAUUUGUGUUCAGUUCAAGAUUAUCUCUCCUAUAUUUCUGUCUCUGUUUUUCUUUUUUUUUUCCUUUUCACUGCGAUUUGUUCUUUCUUUCAUUCCUUUUCUCUUGCUGGUGGCUUUCCUCGGCACUUCACUUACUUAAUUUCUUUCCAGUUCAAGAUUAUUUCCCCGUUCUUUCUGUGUUUUAUUCUUUUCACUGAUUUGUUCUUUCUUUCCUUCCUUUCCUAUCUUCUUUCCUCUUGUUGUGGCUUUCUUCAUCACUUUACGUAAUUAAUUUCUUUCUUUCACUCUUAAUUCUCUAUUUUUCUUCCGAUAUACAUUUGUUUUUCCAUCCUCAAUUUUCUCACAACUAUUAAUCUUCGUUUCUUCCCAAAAUCUAAUAGUUUUCUUCCCUAGUGGCUUUCCUCCUUCUUCCUUCUUCUUCCACCUAAUCUCUCUUCUAUCAGCCUUUAUUCUUCUCUUCCCUCUUUAUCUUUUCCUUUCUUAAUUACAUGUUUUUAUCUAUUUCUCUAA